GCAGUUUGACAGCCGGGUCCUUCUUCUCCCCGCAGCAGCCGGCGGCUCUGGAAGCUUCUAAACGGGACCGGGUGGAGAUCCGUUAAUCUGAGUCCAUCCGCAUCCGAACCGUGGUGUUGAAGCCCCGGGACCCAAACUGUCCCGUUCUGAAGACCUCUCCCUACAUUUUCCACCGAUUAUACCGACGCGAUGCCCGAAGCUAAGGCGGCACCGAGAGCGGCAAACAUGGGCAAAAACAAUGGAGGGGCGUAUGUGGACCGAGACAAGCCGGCCCAGAUCAGAUUCAGUAACAUCUCUGCUGCUAAAGCUGUUGCGGACGCCGUCAGAACGAGCCUGGGCCCCAAAGGAAUGGACAAGAUGAUCCAGGAUGAGAAAGGUGAUGUGACCAUCACUAACGACGGCGCCACCAUCCUGAAGCAGAUGCAGGUGCUCCACCCUGCAGCCAAAAUGCUAGUGGAGCUCUCCAAAGCUCAGGAUAUUGAGGCCGGUGACGGCACCACCUCUGUGGUCGUUAUCGCUGGAGCGCUGCUGGACGCCUGCAACAAGCUUCUGCAGAAAGGUAUCCACCCCACCAUCAUCUCCGAGUCCUUCCAGAAGGCGGUGGAGAAAGGCGUGGAGGUGCUGACAGCCAUGAGCCAGCCGGUGCAGCUUAGCGACCGCGAGACGCUGCUCAACAGCGCCACCACGUCACUGUGCUCCAAGGUGGUGUCACAGUACUCCAGUCUGCUGGCGCCCAUGAGCGUGGAUGCCGUUAUGAGGGUCAUCGACCCAGCGACUGCCACCAGCGUGGACCUGCAGGACAUCAAGAUCAUUAAGAAGCUAGGAGGGACGAUUGAUGACUGUGAGCUCGUUGAAGGUCUGGUUCUGACUCAGAGGGUCGCCAACAGCGGCGUGUCCCGAGUGGAGAAAGCAAAGAUCGGCCUGAUUCAGUUCUGCCUGUCUCCACCCAAAACUGAUAUGGAUAACCAGAUCGUAGUGUCAGACUACGCCCAGAUGGACCGCGUGCUGAGGGAGGAGCGUGCGUACAUCCUUAACCUGGUGAAACAGAUCAAGAAAGCCGGCUGCAACGUGCUGCUCAUCCAGAAGUCCAUUCUCAGAGACGCCCUGAGCGACCUCGCCCUGCACUUCCUCAACAAAAUGAAGAUCAUGGUAGUGAAGGAGAUCGAGAGAGAGGACAUCGAGUUCAUCUGCAAGACCAUCGGCACGAAGCCCAUUGCUCACAUCGACCACUUCACUCCAGAGAUGCUCGGCACAGCCGAGCUCGCUGAAGAGGUCAACCUGGACGGCUCCGGCAAGCUGGUCAAGAUCACUGGCUGCUCCAGCCCGGGGAAGACGGUGAGCAUCGUGGUCCGAGGGUCCAACAAGCUGGUGAUCGAGGAGGCGGAGCGCUCCAUCCAUGACGCUCUGUGUGUCAUCCGCUGCCUGGUCAAGAAGAGGGCUUUGAUAGCUGGCGGCGGAGCUCCAGAGAUUGAGCUGGCGGUGCGUCUGGCGGAGUAUUCGCGCACGCUUGGCGGCAUGGAGGCAUACUGUGUGCGGGCGUAUAGCGACGCCCUCGAGGUCAUCCCCUCCACGCUGGCUGAGAACGCCGGUUUGAACCCCAUCUCCACGGUGACGGAGCUCCGCAACAGGCACGCCCAGGGAGACAAGAUGGCCGGCAUCAAUGUCCGCAAGGGAGGAAUCUCCAACAUCCUGGAGGAGCUGGUGGUGCAGCCUUUACUGGUUUCCAUCAGUGCCCUGACCCUGGCCACAGAGACGGUCCGCAGCAUCCUCAAGAUCGAUGAUGUGGUAAACACCCGGUAAGAGACGUGUGUCCGUCCUGUCAGCUCUGUAGUAAGCCUGCUCGUACCGCCGGGGAUCGGAGGAUUCUGACGUCAGCCCGCUCAGAUUUCCACUGUUAUUGUUACGUUGCAUAAUUUAAUAAAAAAAGGCUGUUUUUUGUUGACACUCCA